AUGAGCGCAGCAGACGAAAAUUAUAUUCGAUCGCAUUCUCCGCAACGCUGUCGCAAAACCACAACUUCCCAAACAGCUUUCAAAAUGCCUAAGGCUACCACCAAGCGCGGCGGAAAGGUUGAGCGCAGGAGGGGAAAGAAGGACCCCAACGCCCCCAAGCGUGGUCUCUCCGCCUAUAUGUUCUUCGCCAACGAGCAGCGUGAGAACGUCCGUGAGGAGAACCCCGGUAUCUCUUUCGGCCAGGUCGGCAAGCUUCUCGGCGAGCGCUGGAAGGCUUUGAACGAGAAGCAGCGUGCUCCUUAUGAGGCCAAGGCUGCCACCGACAAGAAGCGGUACGAGGACGAGAAGGCGGCGUACAAUGACGUGCUCUUCACCUUGGCCACGACCCAGCAUUAUUAG